AUGAAUAUAUCUGACAAUCCAACAUCUGGUUCUACUCUAAAGAAACAGCCUGGGCUUCUCGGAGGUUUGCGCCGCACUUUUGCCAAUUUUCUUCGCCAUCCGCAGUCCACUCUUCCAGCAAGAAAGGAAUCUAUCCACCGGAAGAAUAUGACCCUUCCUCGAAUUACACAGUCCACUGGUACAAAUGAAUUUGAUGGUCAAAUCCUUGUGACAGAACGCCUCAUUCCGACGUCCAUUGAUACUGAUGUUUUGCGACAAUAUGAUCAGCGUCGUUUUUCCGCCUACUCAGAAACACCCGAACCUGUUCGUGCCGAGCUUAUUCGGUUAGACAAGCUCUCCGGUGGUUACGGCGAAGCUCUACCACGCGAAGCACGUUGUGGCCCUAGUCAACACUCCUUUUGUGCUAUCCCCUUGGAACUGGAUACUUUCUGUGAUUACUGUAAUCAGCCAAUUUGGGGUCUCGGUUGGGGCCCUGUUUGUCGAAGAUGUGCAGGGUGCCUUAUGACAUGCCACUGGCUCUGCGCUGACAAAGUCACCAUACCCUGUGAGGUCAAUUCUCCUUCAGCACACACUUACGGUGACUGUGAAGUUGAAGGGGACAAUGCUGUUGCUAAAAGUGGUCUUAUCAAGACUCUCGAAGAAGAGGAGGAGAGGUGUGGGACACCGGCACCAGCUUCAACAAAAGCUUUGUCACAGAGCGUGUUGCGACCGAAUGAGCCACCGACAACAGAACGUGCAGUAUCGAUGGGAGAAGGUGAGGACCUGGAUCCCCAGUGUACGUCGACCCCUUUCCACCCCAAAUUUGAGUCACAACAGCCUCCGAACGGUGAACUACCUCCCACUCUGCGUCCUCAAUCCCAAUUUAGCCUCUUUUGCUCACCUGAUACCAGUCUGAAGUUUGAUGAGACUUUAGAAGAAAUUAAAGAAGAUACAUCAGAGGAGAGUGUAGGAAGCAAAGCAACCCGCCACAAGUCGAUGGUGCAAUCUCGCCGCCGACACCGUAACCACCUCUCCUCCACUUCGUCAUCACGACGUCAUACCACAGACAUCAGUCUUCUUUCUGUUUCCACUCACUCAAUCGAUGCCUAUGAUGUCAGCAGUCUUGAUCAGAGGGAUCUUCGAGAGCGAGGUCUCUCUGUAUGGCAGCUGAGUCCUGCUGAAGGAAUUAGUACUCCUCCGGAGAUCGAGGUCAAUGCAGAAACUCAUCCCACCUCGGUGGUGAUGAGUAGUAGGAUGCAAUCGACUGCGGCUGCCGCUUUGACUGGAAAUCAGACUGGGGCUGGUGAGAUCAUUUACACCAAGGUGACAAUUGGACCGAGAAACGCUGUGCUGCCUUGGAAACCUAUGGAAUUGGCGAAGAGACUGGAGAUAUUCAAUGGAAAUAAUUUUGGGCUGUAUGCUAAAAUGACUCCAAAGUUACCUUCGGGAGAUUGUGAGGGGCAGAUUCGUCUCCACAUCAAUCUGAUCCGUCCAAUUCGCAUGGUUCUUACCGAUCGGCCGGCAUCGAUUUUCAACAUUGUCGGUGGUGGCAGUGACAGCGAUUCGGACGAUACUGAGAAGCCCGUAGAGACAGCUGUGAAACAGGCGGAAAGUGAGGGGCCCUCUGAUAACACAGUCCGGAUGCGUAACAAGUCUGUUGACGGUCGCGUUACAUCCUUCCGUCUACCCCGUGGCAGUUCUAAACUUCUUCAUGUUCGUCUAUCUACGACGGCCAACCAGGUGAUUCGAAGCCUGCUCUCCCGUUUUAGCAUCGACGACAAUCCUCAGAAAUUCGCCCUCUACGAGCAUACCAUCUAUGGUGAAAAUGAAGUCUCGGUACGCAAGCUUUUUGAUGACGAAUCACCACUGGGCCUAAUGAUGCAAUGGACGCUAGAUUCUUCUGUGGAAGUCGGUGGCAAAGCCGGUGAAGAUAUGCAUAUUGAGCAUUUCAAUGAACUCCUCGGCGUCAAACGGAUUGUGCUGCAGGAAAAUGAAACUGGCGACAUUGAGUGGUCGUGUUUCUCCGAGGCUCAGCUGCGAACAUUUAUGGAUAUACUCAAUCGCGAGGAAGCAGACUAUCGUCGUCGAAUUGAGUUGAAAUAUCAGAUUCGGAAGCGAGAAAUUCUGCGUUUAAUGAAUCUGCGAGCUAGGUGUCAACAACGGACUGUUGGUCCCAACAGCAUUGCCGCUGCCACCGCCAAACCGUCGGCCGAGGAGGAGGAGGAGGAGGAGGCGAAGGAGGAGAAGUGUCGUAAAGAGCUGCAAGUUUCCGCUUCCUCUAAUGGUGAGCCUUUUGUGUCUAGUGAUGUUGUGCGCUUAAGGUGGUUAAGUUACUGGCAUUUAACAACUUUGCUUUGA